ACCGUAGUAGGUAAUGUCAGUUUUUGCCUGACGGCUGAUCGUUUCGCUUGCUGUUGGGUGAUACAUAUCGCAUAUAUUGUUGUUGUUGCUGCUGUCGUCGUCAUUGUCGCGGUACCCGUAAUUUAUUCAAUUUUCUGCGGUUGUGAGAAAUCAAAUUCGAACCCCUUAGUUUGCGAAUGCCGUAGCCGCGGGUAGAACGAUAAACAGACAAAACAAUUCAAUCGAGUGAAAAAUAUAUUAGCCCCCCAUUCAAAACGGUGCGCAAAGAGUGCUGAUUUUGUGGGUCAAAGUAAACCGUGUGUGCAGUCUGUUACUUUGGUGAAGAAGUGUCAGUCUCUCAGUUUUAUUUGGACUGGUUGCUGAGCAACAUUAUUGUUCGUGCGUAUUUGGUGUCAUUUACGACCUUGUCUACCGGAAUGUGUUGUCACUGUUUUCUUCGGCUCAUAUUCGCAAAUCGAAAUGAUUCGCAGUGCGUGCUGAAUGUGUGAAUUACCGUGAAUGUUGUUUCUCCACAUUUGUGGAGUGUGAUGUCACAGUGAUGAGGUGAAGUGUUCACACUACCGAGAAAAGAAAGUGUGCAGUGAGAAGAGCGAAAAGGGAAAUAUAUGUAAGAAAGUCACCGUACUGCAGUAACGGAGCGUUCAACAACAACAACCACCAUCGAUUGCGGCAUAUCAUAGUGAAUGUGCAAUUAGGCAUUGAAAAUCCCAUUUGAGCCGAAGCCAAUUGAUAAACAAACCAACUCAAUACACACGUGACUUAAAGCCGUCUGGGUUAGAGUAUUUGCAUACGAGCUGGAGGAAAGGAGUAAAUGGUGCUCGUGAAGUGAAAGUGCUUUAGUGUUUUGCAUGUUUCUGUUCCACUUUAAGAAGUUUUACCACAAUGGCUUACGUAAGAAUGUAUGAAAAUUGUUCGGUGUCCUCGAAAAUACUUGUCCACAAAAUUGUGACAAUGUCUACGCAUUGCAGUGUAAAGCACCAUUCUCAUCAUUGAAGAUGUGUGAUCGAUCGUAUCUCGUUAAGUGAAUCCAACGAACGGCAUUUUUAUGAUUCCUGGCAGCCUAUUCGUCGCCACUGUACCAGUUUUUAUCACUUCCUUCGCAUUCUGCGAAAGUCCCAAAGGUGCCCAUCAGUGGUGCAAAAUAGUCAGUGUAUCUGUCGCUGUUUGAAGAGUGGAGGGUCUCCCGCCGCAAUCACGUCCGAAACAUGCAACAGGUGCGGGACUUCCUUGAUGGAAUCACCAUCAGAAUCCGGAGAAGCCAUAACAUUCCGCAGUUCUGCUGGAAAAAGAAGGUGAAGGCGAGACGACGCGAUGACGACGAUGCCACGACGUCCGGGGUAACGUUGGACGAUACCGAUAAGCGUGUGAUAUUGUUGAAUCAAAGUCAACGGCAAAAGUACUGCAACAAUCAUAUCUCGACGGCAAAGUAUAGCGCAAUAACUUUUAUACCAUCGUUUUUGUUCGAGCAGUUCCGGCGGUAUUCGAACUGCUUUUUCCUGUUCAUCGCACUGCUGCAGCAGAUUCCGGACGUUUCACCAACCGGACGCUACACCACCCUAGUACCUUUGUUAUUUAUUCUAUCGGUAAGCGCCAUCAAAGAGAUUGUCGAGGACAUCAAGCGGCACCGGGCCGACGAUGAGAUCAACCACCGGGAGAUCGAAACCCUGCAGGGUGGCCAGUGGCGGUGGAUCAAGUGGAAAGAGCUGUCGGUCGGCGAUAUCGUCAAAGUGCAGAACAACACCUUCUUCCCGGCCGAUCUGGUGCAGCUGUCGUCGAGCGAACCGCAGGGCAUAUCAUUCAUCGAGACGUCCAACCUGGACGGCGAAACGAAUCUCAAGAUUCGACAGGGCGUUUCCGCCACGGCCAAAAUCCUCGAAACCAAAGAUUUUAUCCAGUUUUCCGGUACGCUGGAGAGCGAACCACCCAAUCGGCAUUUAUACGAGUUCAACGGGGUGCUGAAGGAGAGCGGGAAGCCCGCUGUAGCCCUCGGUCCGGAUCAGCUCCUGCUGCGAGGAGCAAUGCUCCGCAACACCUCCUGGGUAUUCGGAAUCGUCAUUUAUACCGGACACGAUACGAAACUUAUGCGAAACUCUACCUCAGCGCCACUAAAGCGCUCAACUGUUGACAGACUGACAAACACGCAAAUUUUAAUGUUAUUUUUCAUCCUAAUUUUCCUUUGCAUCGUAAGUUGUAUAUGCAAUCAAAUCUGGACAAAAGAUCAUUACAAAACCGAUUGGUACUUAGGCAUAAGUGAUUUAUUAAGUAAAAACUUCGCCUACAAUCUGCUUACGUUUAUAAUUUUGUACAACAAUUUGAUUCCGAUAUCACUUCAAGUUACGUUAGAGCUAGUUAGGUUUCUACAGGCUAUCUUCAUCAACAUGGACAUUGACAUGUACCACGAAGAAUCGGACACCCCAGCGAUGGCGCGGACGUCGAAUCUGAACGAGGAACUCGGUAUGGUCAAGUACAUCUUCUCGGACAAAACGGGCACCCUGACGCGGAACGUGAUGGAGUUCAAAAAAUGCUCAGUCGCCCGAACGAUCUACACGCCGGAGGAGAAUCCCGCGCAGUCACAACUGGUGCAGCACAUAAUGAACAACCACCACACGGCUGCCAUUUUGCGCGAGUUCCUAACACUGAUGGCCAUCUGCCACACGGUGAUACCGGAAAAGAGCGACAACGAUAACAUCCAGUAUCACGCGGCCAGUCCUGACGAGCGAGCCCUGGUUUACGGGGCAAAACGGUUCGGCUAUGUGUUUCACACGAGAACGCCAGCCUAUGUGGAGAUUGAAGCUUUGGGCGUUCAUGAACGAUUCGAGAUCCUAAAUGUGUUGGAGUUCACAUCCACGAGGAAGCGAAUGUCUGUCAUUGCCAGAAACUCCAAAGGAGAAAUCAAACUGUACUGCAAAGGAGCAGAUACGGUGAUCUACGAGAGGUUAGCCCCUAACGGGCAAGCCUAUCGUGAAGCUACGCUCCAGCAUCUGGAGGAAUUCGCCACCGAAGGCCUGCGGACGUUGUGUUGUGCAGUCGCAGUCAUCCCGGACGAUGUCUACGAAGACUGGAAGCACACGUAUCACAAAGCGUCCACAUCGCUGCAGUACCGGGAGCAGAAGGUGGAGGACGCGGCCAAUCUGAUCGAGACGAGUCUGAUGCUGCUCGGUGCAACGGCCAUCGAGGAUAAACUACAGGACGGUGUACCUGAAACGAUCGCUUCGCUGAUAGAAGCCAAAAUCAACGUAUGGGUGCUGACCGGUGAUAAGCAGGAAACUGCAAUCAACAUAGGCUAUUCGUGUAAGCUGCUCUCGCACGGCAUGGACUUAAUUAUUUUAAACGAAGAUAGUUUAGAUAACACGAGAAACUGUGUCCAGAGGCACAUAGCCGAGUUCGGCGAUCAGCUGCGGAAGGAGAACAACGUCGCACUGAUAGUGGACGGCAAAACGCUGAAAUAUGCACUGAGCUGUGAUUUGAGGACUGAUUUCCUGGACCUGUGUAUCUCCUGCAAGGCGGUUAUCUGCUGCCGAGUGUCACCCAUUCAAAAGGCUGACGUGGUAGAUCUGGUUACUACCAACACGAAGUCGGUCACGUUGGCCAUCGGCGACGGUGCCAACGAUGUAGCAAUGAUCCAAAAGGCCCACGUGGGCGUUGGCAUAUCCGGCGUGGAGGGGCUGCAGGCGGCGUGUGCCUCUGACUAUUCGAUAGCGCAGUUCAGCUAUUUACGAAAGUUGCUGUUGGUGCACGGGGCGUGGAACUACAGCCGGAUGUGCAAGUUGAUCCUGUACAGUUUCUACAAAAACAUCUGUCUCUACGUGAUAGAACUGUGGUUUGCCAUCUAUUCCGGAUGGUCCGGCCAAAUUCUAUUCGAACGAUGGACAAUCGGUUUGUACAAUGUGUUCUUCACUGCGUUGCCACCCUUCGCAAUGGGUCUCUUUGAUAAAGUGACCUCCGCGGAGCAAAUGCUGAAAGAACCAAGGCUCUACGAACCAUCCCAAAGUGCCCAACUAUUUAACGUUAAAGUAUUCUGGUACUGGAUUUUCAACGCUCUGGUCCACUCGGUGAUCUUAUACUGGCUGCCAAUGUUUUCGUACCAAGGCGACGUAAUCUGGGGAAAUGGUCGCGACGGUGGUUAUCUAGUGUUAGGAAAUAUAGUUUAUACAUAUGUAGUUGUUACUGUAUGUCUGAAGGCUGGUCUGGUGACAAACUCCUGGACAUGGCUGACGCAUUGCUCCAUCUGGGGCUCCAUAGUGCUGUGGUUUAUGUUUAUAUUUAUUUAUAGCAAUAUCUGGCCAACGUUACCGGUGGGAGCGGUAUUCACCGGUAUGGAUGAUAUGAUUUUCUCGUCGCCCGCAUUUUGGUUGGGUUUGUUCCUGAUACCGAUUACGGCAUUGCUGCCCGAUGUUGUAGUCAAAGUGAUAAAAAACAGAAAUCAAAGUAUUGCAACCCCUCAUCCCAUAAAGGAGUCUCGAUCUUCAUGGUUUCGCCUUCUCGCAGGAGGAAGGUGGGAACGUGACGCAAACCGACGUUAUCAGAGCCUACGACACCAAUCUGCCCAAACCGGAUGGGAACUGAGAGUGCCCACUCGAUUUCUACUACGAAAACUAUUUUUCCGUGUGCUAAAGCGGAAACGCAAACGUCACCACCACCAUAACCACUUGUACUACCAUCAACAACAGCAGCAGCGUCGUCGUCAAAGCGGAAGUCUCCUGCAUAUGGCCUGAUGCCCUGUCCGACCAAAAGGACGCUGAAAUAGCAACACUGUUGGAUGCAAAAAUGUGUGAAUGUAUCUAGAAAGUAAGGCAAAGUCGCUUUCAUUUAUAUAAAGUAUAAUGUUUGUGAACGUCAGAAUACAAAUUGUUUAACGUGUUAGUGGCCAGGGUAUAUUUAUACUACAGGAAAACUGAGAUUAUUUAUUUUAUGUGAAAGUAUUUAUAGCAGUUAGUAUGUGUAUAGUUUUUUAAGUUGGCGGUUAGAACUUUGAAGGUGUUUAAAAUGGGAAAAUUCAGCAACAACGUUAAUAUCGAGAAAAGUAUUAUUUUUGUACCAAAAAGAAUACAAAACAAAUCAACUAUACAAAAUAUAGAAGCUUUUUGUCUUAUUCUUGUAGAACUUUCUUUCGAAAAACAUUUUUUAAUUCCAUGUUUUUCGGAAACUUUGACUAGAAACUUUUUUUACUUGCUGUAAUCAGUUCAGUUCUCUACAAACACAAGUUAACAUCAGUCAAAUCGUCAAAAGUUAUGAGGAACAUUCUUAGCUAGGUGGAAAGAUUUCUAUAUACUAAUAGCAGAACAUGCACUUUCACUUACAACCAGCCCAAAAAGAUGCAAAUCUUAAACGUAAAAUAAAGAAUUUGUUCGCGCCUUGUCAAAAAACAUAAUUCUAUCUAACAAAACAUUGGAAAAUAAAUUACUUAACGUAAUAAGUAGAUAUUACUGAAACAAACAAACAAUUAACUGUAAAGGAUAACUGUGAAAUUUAAAAAAAAAAUGUAAUAAACAGCAGCAACAAACACAAACUUUCACCUAAAAUCAGUAGACUAAAAACAGAAAGGGUAAAAAUUACUUAUGGUAGGAUAGUUUGUAGAAGAGGUUCUUAAUUUCAGUAAUAACACUCUAACGAAAAACCAAACAAUCUGAACGUGAUGGAAGUCGAAGCUAUAGAUUAAUUCACCAGCCUCGCGAACACGAACAAUUUCCGGCAUACGCGUGGGUCGGUAAGGUGUACUGAAUCAAUGUUCGAAAAUCAUGUAAGUAAAUAAAUAAAUAAUUGGGAAAAGUUA